CUAAUUUAUUAGAAAAACAUUUUAGGGCGUGGUGUUAACAUUUUAUAACGUAAACACUGUUUCCUCUUUCGCCGCGCAUUAGAAGGCAUUGAAGCCGUGUUGUGUGGCGGCGCGUAGCAUUCCCUCUCCCUGCGGUCUCGUGUCACCGUCAGAGGCAGAAGCAGAUGCAGAUUGAAGGCAUAGUAACUCAGCAACCAACGAUGGGGUCACUGAAGAGAAAGUCGCCGGAAGAGCCUUCAACUUCAUCUUCGCGGCCACUGCACGAUUGUGUGCACCACGUCUCAUAUCCACCCGGUUACACCCACCCUUCUUCGCCGCCCACUCAAACGCACGCAGAACCCGCCAAGAAGUUCCCGUUCACUCUCGAUCCCUUUCAGUCCCAAGCCAUCACUUGCCUUGAAAACGGCGAGUCCGUCAUGGUGUCUGCACAUACCUCUGCUGGCAAAACCGUGGUGGCGUCGUAUGCUAUUGCUAUGUCCCUCAGAGAUGGGCAGCGCGUCAUCUACACUUCCCCUAUCAAGGCUCUCAGCAACCAGAAGUACAGAGAAUUCAAAGAAGAAUUUUCUGACGUUGGCUUGAUGACCGGAGACGUCACCAUUGAUCCCAAUGCUUCUUGUUUGGUCAUGACUACGGAAAUCUGGCGUAGCAUGCAGUACAGAGGGUCUGAGAUCACUAGGGAGGUGGCUUGGAUUGUUUUUGAUGAGGUGCAUUACAUGCGUGAUCGUGAGAGAGGCGUGGUUUGGGAAGAGAGUAUUGUUUUGUCGCCCAAGAAUUCGCGUUUUGUGUUCCUGUCUGCCACUGUCCCCAACGCCAAGGAAUUUGCUGAUUGGGUGGCAAAGGUGCAUAAACAACCUUGUCAUGUUGUCUAUACUGAUUACCGACCAACACCCCUUCAACAUUACAUUUUUCCUUCUGGGGGUGAUGGUCUAUAUCUGGUUGUGGAUGAUAAGGGUAAGUUUCGCGAAGACAGCUUUCAGAAAUCUUUGAAUGCUCUUGUUCCUACCACUGAGGGUGAUAAGAGAAAAGGGAACGGCAAGCGGCAAAAGGGUUUGGUGCUGGGUAGAGCUGGUGAAGAAAGUGACAUAUUCAAGAUGGUGAAAAUGAUCAUUCAGCGUCAAUAUGAUCCUGUGAUACUGUUCAGCUUUAGCAAAAGGGAGUGUGAGCUUCUUGCAAUGCAGAUGGCAAAAAUGGAUCUUAAUGGGGAUAAUGAAAAGGACAACAUAGAACAAAUAUUUAAUAGUGCUAUGGACAUGCUUUCAGAUGAUGAUAAGAAACUACCCCAGGUUUCAAACAUGCUGCCUUUGCUGAAACGUGGAAUAGGAGUACAUCACUCUGGUUUACUCCCAAUUUUGAAGGAAGUGAUUGAGAUCUUAUUUCAAGAAGGGCUAAUCAAGUGUUUGUUUGCCACGGAGACAUUCAGCAUUGGUUUGAACAUGCCUGCAAAAACUGUUGUUUUCACAAAUGUCCAGAAAUUUGAUGGUGACAAGUUUAGAUGGAUAUCCAGUGGAGAGUAUAUUCAAAUGAGUGGUCGUGCUGGUCGAAGAGGCAUUGAUGAACGUGGGAUAUGUAUCCUCAUGGUUGAUGAAAAGAUGGAGCCUUCUACUGCUAAAAACAUGGUUAAAGGGGCAGCUGAUAGUUUAAAUAGUGCCUUUCAUUUAAGCUACAACACAAUUUUAAAUCAAAUGCGGUGUGAAGAUGGUGAUCCUGAAAAGUUGAUUCGUAAUUCUUUUUUUCAGUUCCAAGCUGAUCGUGCCAUUCCUGAUCUUGAGAAACAAAUAAAGUUGCUUGAAAAAGAGAGGGAAUCAAUUGUUAUUGAAGAAGAAAACAGUCUAAAGGAUUAUUUCAAUCUACUGGAGCAGCAUAGAAAUUUAAAUAAGGAGGUCCGUGACAUUGUGCUAUCUCCAAGGCACUGUUUACCUUUUCUACAGCCUGGGAGGCUUGUUUCUCUUGAUUUCACUUCAAGUGAUGAAGAUCUAACCCCCGUUUUUAUUGAGGACCAGUUGACUUGGGGGUUGGUCAUUAAUUUUGAAAGGGUUAAGAGUGCUUCUGAUGUAAUAAUAAAAAUUUCAGAUGAUGCAAGCGUGAAACCUGAGGACGCAUCUUACAAUGUUGAUGUUCUCACAAGAUGUGUUGUGAAGAAAGAUAAAAUUGGAAAAAAAUCUAUUAAGAUUGUUCCUCUUAAAGAAGCUGGAGAACCUCUAGUCGUUUCAGUUCCUAUCUCUCAGAUCAAUUCGAUAAGUAGUCUGCGUUUAUUUAUACCGAAAGAUCUUUUGCCAUUGGAAGCACGAGAAAACACACUGAAGAAAGUGUUGGAAACUCUUUCUAGAUUUGGUGAUAAAGGACUGCCCCUUCUAGAUCCUGAAGAAGACAUGAAGAUUCAAAGCAGCUCAUAUAAAAAAGCAUCUCGUAGGAUAGAAGCUUUGGAGAGCCUAUUUGAAAAGCAUGAAAUUGCGAAGUCACCACUUUUAAAACAGAAAUUGAAAGUUUUACAGAGAAAGCACGAACUUACUGCAAAGAUAAAGUCCAUUAAGAAAACAUUAAGAUCUUCUACUGUUUUAGCUUUCAAGGAUGAACUUAAAGCAAGAAAGAGAGUUCUUCGGAGGCUCGGAUAUGUUACAAGUGACAAUGUGGUCGAGUUAAAAGGGAAGGUUGCUUGUGAAAUUAGUAGUGCAGAUGAAUUGACUCUAACAGAACUAAUGUUCAAUGGUGUAUUUAAGGACAUAAAGGUGGAAGAGAUGGUUUCUCUCCUCUCUUGUUUUGUCUGGCAGGAAAAAAUUCAGGAUGCUGCCAAACCUCGGGAAGAACUUGAUCUGCUUUUUAUGCAAUUACAAGACACGGCACGGAGAGUUGCCCAACUUCAGCUGGAGUGCAAGGUGGAAAUUGACGUGGAGAGUUUUGUGAAGUCGUUUAGGCCUGACAUUAUGGAGGCUGUUUAUAGUUGGGCGAAAGGUUCAAAGUUUUAUGAGAUAAUGGAAAUCACUCAAGUCUUUGAAGGUAGUUUGAUUAGAGCAAUUAGACGACUUGAGGAAGUCCUUCAGCAAUUAAUAGCAGCAGCUAACUCAAUUGGGGAAACUCAACUUGAGGCAAAGUUUGAAGAGGCUGUGUCCAUGAUCAAGAGGGACAUUGUCUUUGCAGCAUCCCUGUAUUUGUAGUUCCUUCUUCAAAUUAUUUAUUACAGAUUUCGAAAGAACGCACAUUGAUAGAGGCAAAUGCAGAGAAUCAUGUGGAAGGACACCAACUACAUGAAAUCACCCUGCUUGGUUUUGAUCUCCACUAACACCUGAAAAUAUAUAAACCCAUUGUAUUAGAUUUAACUUCAACGACAUAUUUGCUCCUCUUCUGUGAAAAUGGAAGGGAAUACUCUGAAGUGUUCAAUUAAGUUAGAUGUGAGUUUAGAUGAGAGCAAGAAAUCAACCUUUAGAUUACAGAUUGCUUGAACUCGAUUGUCCGAUAUAGAUCCAUGUAAAAUAGAGUCCAUUUAAAGCGGGAAAUCAAUUUAGAUGAUACAUCGAGUUAUUAGAGAUUGAUAAUGGAAAAUUAAAGAUUAUUAAUGUGCACAA